AUGCCUGAUUUCCAGGACCGCGAGAAAGCUCUGGAGAACGAGUACAUUCGCAAGCGAGAAGCCGAGAAAGCUGCUCAGCACAAGGCGCAGCAAGGAAAGAGCGGUGCAUCAACGACCAAUCCUGCAACAACAAACUCGGCUCAAGUAUGA